AUGCUCAUCACAAGCCUGGCCUACCUCGGGAAACCAGCGUCUUUCCUGGAACAUCCGGAGGACCCGGCCGUGUGCAGCAAAUCCCCGAAUGCACAGCUCUGCUCCAUGCUCUGGAUUACGAGUCUGUCAGAAAUCAAACAUGCCUGUGUACCGACCUUCGGCUUCAUCACUGGCAGGGCCGCGGGCCGCAGGGAGCGCGGCGUCAGCUUCGAUGCCGGCUUUAUCGCAGGCAGGUAUGGAAACAGUGCCGGGUGUGUGCCUGGGCGGACAGGACCAGACCGCUGCGGGGCGGCGGAGGCAAGGUGUCUCCUGGCCGAUUGCCACCGCCAAGCCAUUUUGAGUCUGGCGGGCCUAUGGCAGGACACCAUUGUUGUCUAUCAGGAUGCAGGUGACCCAGACUGGGAUUAUCCCAGCAAGGUGGCCCACGGGGAGGACCCACCUCCACCUCCGCAAGGAUGGGAGAACUACCCGUCAGCCGAGAAGUUCCAGGAGAGCAUCAAGGCAACGUUCCUAGCAGAGGUCCCCAUGAAAAUGGUGGAAGGACCUUUGGCAGGCAUAGAAGAGUCGGACAAGAUCCGGACCAUCUACGACGGCUCCAGGAACGGCGCCAACGCCCACAUCCAACAGAAUACCAAAGAGAAGACCACCGCAUCCACGGUCAUGGACUGCCUGCGUGCGAUCCAUUGGCUCAGGGCUGCGGCUGGGAACCCCCUGAGGGUAGCCAAGCUGGGCACUGAGUGGUGGGUCAACAAGGUGGGCACCUAUGGCAUGGCUAGCGCCCAGCUGUAUUGGGGGAGGCUGGAUUCCUCAGCCGAGAUGGCGACGGCAAUAAUGCCGGUCCUCCUCUCCUUGGGGACCCCGCUCAGCUGGAAGAAGACCUUGAUGGCCGAAAUCAACACAUGGCUCGGCUUUGUCAUUGACCCGUCGGUCCCCUCGGUCCAACUGGCCAAAGAUAAGUUCCUGCUGGUCAUGAAGAUUCUUGAGGACCUCGAGGAGGGUAAAGUCUUCACCUCGAAGGCCAUCGAAAAGGGCUUGGGUAGAAUCCAAUGGGCUACCACGUGCUGCCCGGCUACGAAGAGCCUCAUGCAACCGCUGUGGGCCUGGAAGCAGGCCUGCAUCACCUCGGGCAAACCUGGCAAAGUGAUCCAAGCAUUAGCUUCACUCCUCAAGCGGCUUUUUGAGGAACCGCAUGCCCAGAUAUCACCGUUUGUCCCCACAUCAUCCUGGUGGGGAGCCAGCGAUGCUGGAGCAGAUGAUUUCAAAGCCCACAUUGGCGGCUGGAUUACGAACAGCAAAACGUCGCAUCACAGUGGCCCUAUUCUCAUCCUUGUGCUCUCUGAUAACCAGGGCAACGUUUACUCCCUACUGGAUGGAAAGUCCAGGAAGCUGCCGUCUGCAGCUCUGUUAAUGGAGCUCAUGCUCCUGAUUCACCGGCAGGGGUGCCUUUUGGCCCCGAGCCAUGUGAAGAGGGACUUGAACCAAUGGGCUGACUCGCUGACGCACCCUGGAUUCACUGGUUUCACGCCGGACAAGCGCCUCUCUGUCCUAGAUGCGUGGCACCAGUUUGAACUAGUCGCCUCUAUUCUGGAACGCUGA